GGAAGUAGUGACGUCGCAACUUCUUAGCCAAGUAGGAACAAAAAUUCUCGUCGAAGUCAUUUCUGCACUUACAAAUACUCCCCUCCCUUGUCUGUUUCCCAGCACAAGCAUUCCCCUGCUUCCCUCCACCAAAAUCAAAAUGUUCUCUCUAUGUCUUUAGCUAAAGCUCUGCUACAUUGCUUCUGCUUCUGCUUCUGCUUCAUCUUCCUUCUCUGCUUCGUGUUUUGUCCCAAGACAUAAGUGGUCCUUCUCUACAAUCAACCAAGCCUUCUUGUGUUCCAUUUUAGGAAGAGGAAUGAAACGCAACUUCUCUGACUCAAUGUCCGUUCCAGCAACACCGGAACAAUCCAAUCCGGUGGUUGGAUAUAGAUUCCAUCCUACGGACUACGAGUUGGUUAAUUAUUUUUUGAAGAGAAAGAUAAAUGAUUAUAAUGAUAAUGACUCACCAAUCACGGAGACAAAAGUUUGUGCUGUUGAGCCGUGGGAUCUACCCGGUUUAGUUCACACUGGUUCAGAGGAUCAAGUGUGGUAUUUCUUUUGUCCCCGUGAUUAUAAGUAUUCAGGUAGUCGUCGUUCGAAUAGAACAACCAAGGCGGGAUACUGGAAGCCCACUGGCAAGCCCCGUAAAGUGAAAAAUAAGCGAAAGGAAGAGAUUGGUACAAAAAGGACUUUGGUUUUCUACUUAAAGGAUCAUCCUAAACCAAGGAGAACUAAAUGGAUCAUGCACGAAUAUGAUUUAUUUGUAUCAGAUUCCGCCCAGGGGAAUUUCCUUCUCUGUAAAUUGAAGGCAAAGCCAGAUGUGAAGGUGGGCAAUGGUGAAACAAGUAGCGUUGUAUCGCCUUGCGAUCUUCAAAAUCAAAAGCUAAAUGAGAUGACAACUAAUUCAUCUAGUGAUGAAUGUGAACCGAGUAAUUUGUUUUCUGAUUUUGAAAAUUGUAAUCACAACCAGUUGACUACUACCUCAACCUAUGACCAAGUUGAGCAGAAUGCCCUUGUAGCUUUUGAUCAUCAAAAUCAAAAUCUAAAUGAGGUGACCAGUGAUUCUACUAAUUAUGAAGGAGAAUCACAUUACUACUACUUGAGUUCUGAUCAAGAAGAUCAAAAUCAAAAUGAGAUGGCUGCUAUGUCAACCUAUGUUAAUGGCAACUUAAGUGGCCCAAUCACUUUGGUUUUUGGAAGUCAAAAUCCAAAUAGGAAAACUGAUAUAUCAGCCUCUGAAGAAGGUGAAUGGAGUUUCCCUCUACCAACACCUUCUGAUACGCUAACUCACUCGACUGCUGCUACGGUAGACAAUAAUGCAGCAGAGUCUACACCAUUAGAGGUAGACAUGCAACAAGAUUUUCUUAAGAGUUUGAAAACAUUCCUUGAGCUAGAUGAAGUAGACAAUCCUGGCUCUACACUCUUGUCGCCCAUGGGCUACAAUGAAAGCGGCUUUUGCACUGGCUUUGAUAGGCCUGAGCUAACUGGAGUAGGAUCUGAAAUAGGAUGGGUUAAUGAGGCUGUGCCUCUACGUCCUUAAGUUCCUAUUAGCUGUUUGCUUCCUUAUGAAUGUGCAGGUUGAUGGCUAUUCUGUUAACUUCAACCUGAAAUCAAAUUCCAUUCAAAUUUAUAAUAAUUUAUAAAGACAUUAAUAGUAUUAGUAAGCGGUAUUAGUAUUUUGAGGGUUGUAUGAAGGCUCAGCAACUCUGUAUUGUUUCGAUACCGCUAUCUGUGUUCGUAUUUUUGAUAUUGCUGAAUAAAGUUGCGUUUAAAUA